GCAACAAGAAGGCUAAUAAGCAGAGAAAUAUCGUAAGUGAGAGUGGAAGUGCCAGUGUGCUUUCACCUGAGGGCAGUGUGUGGUACUCGGGAGCAUAGUGCCAUAGUGCCUACAGAACAAAGCGGAGGAACAGCAGCGAGCUUGAUCUGCAGUGUCUCAGCUACACAGACUCUGGGCUCUGAGACUUACCAAGCACAGUGCGAUGGCAUCUAGUCAACAGGACUCCUCCACAGAGGAGCUUCAUCUGCACAGAAGAGAAGAGUGCACGCCAUACCAGAUCUUCCCUGACUCGUCUGAAGGCCCGGAGUUGAUGUCCCUGAUGCACCAGAGGAGACGCCUGCCUUCCAUAGUGGUGGACCCCACACAGGUGGAGCAGGGCAGAGGAGAGCUGCCCUGGCCUCUACAGAGACGGUCCUCCAGGGAGGAGGAAGAGGACGAUUCCCUGUCCCAAGUCAGCAUCUUAAGCCAAGGGGAGAAGAUGGAGGGAGGUGGAGAGAAGCGAGGAGCUCCUAUCAAACACUCCACCGCCACUGUGCCACCUGGACUGGUUGACCACUCUCGUCUGACCCCUCCCCCCUCCCCCACCCCUCCAGAGGUGGCACCGCCCUGUUUUAGGGGCUCAGAUUCUACAGAGCAGCUCGCUUCUGUAGUUCACACUUCUAUACUUUACAGACAUCUUAAUAAACUUUAAGGUGUCAAUAAAGACAAAAUGCUUUAUAUGCUUUUUUUUUUUUAAUGAAGAAAAAGUAUUCACAUAUAUGGAGUGAGGCAUUGAAGGACAAAAUGGAAUAGGAGUAUUAAGUAGAGAAGCCUUCCUGUUCUGGACAGGGAACUACAUAUAUAAAAUGGCUUCUGCAAUCGAUUUCCUCAGACAAAUCUCUCUGUGUGUUUAUGUCUGAUAAAAGCCUAGUCCAUACAGAUACUCACCCACAGUUACUGUGUCUAUAUUUCAAAUGCAGGUGAAAAUGAAAACGUGCAUUUCUGUGAACUGUAAAAAUUAAAUGUUGUUAUACUCCUAACAAUCUA